CCAACGCUCGCCAAGGUAAUCUUCAAUGCUCUUGUUCUUUUUACACUCAAGAGGCGGCACUCCCGUUGCUGUUCCUCUGCAGGCAAGAACAUAGUCGACUCCUCCUACUGUGACAUCGUUUAAAGACCUCAAAAUGUUGUGGGAACCUUCAGGAUGCUGCUGCUUCACUCUCAGGACUGGGAGUCUGGUGUUGGCUUCCAUAGUAAUAUUUUUUGGAACGUGCAGCAUGCUCACUGGGUACCUUGCGAUUUAUGACUUAGACAAGAGUUUUCAAGAAGUUUGCAAGAAUGAGGAAGAUAUCCAAGACUGCAUAACAACUGUUAAGAGGGCUAGUUAUGGGAUCAUUGGAACCAGGUUUGUGGUGGACUUCAUUCAGGUGACAUUUAGCAUCCUCCUGAUCCAUGGUGUCCUUAAGAACAAGACUCGUUUCCUGGUACCCUACAUGAUCAUGAUGUUGGUUGGCAUCAGUAUUCUAAUAAUAAUGGCUCUGAUACUGAUGGGCAUACUGAUAUAUGAGGGCUUUUGGAGGGGAGUGUUCAUUGCUGCCAUUAUCUUUGGUGCUAUUAUCUUCCUCGAAACUUACUUCCUCUUGGUGGUUCGUGCUCUUUAUCUCCAGCUGAAGCGCUCCAAGGGUCAAGCUCACGUGAUUCUGACAGAAGAUUCAAGUUCCGAAAUUAUCAAAGCAUAAGAGGUCACUGCCUGAAUAUGGACACA